GGGUUAAAUAUGCACGCGUGUUCUGUCUAUUGCAUUCAAUGGAAAUAAAUCUACUCCAGGUCGUUUCGCAACGACGACAGCGUUUGUCGUCAAACAUCAACUCUGAAAGAACGUUGUAACCGCCGACUACACUUUGACGCCGUGAAUAUACGGCGGUUGCGAAACCUUAUAAAAUGGCACGGUUCAGCUGUUAUCGCGCGAGUAACGUUUUCCAGUGGUAGUAACCCACGUUACGAAAGAGCGCGACGGAAGUACAACUGACUACGUGUCGAGAGGGAAAACUGCAUGUGCUUACGCGCGCAGAACUGCGUCCGUCCAAACAGAUGUCACAUUCGUUGAACAAACUGCGUGUUAACGGGCCGGCGAAUUUUGUCGAUACAGUUGCACCGACCAUGAUAAGUGACUAUUGUCAUUAAACCGAGUGGAAUAAUGUCUAGCGACAUUUGUCCGGUUUAAUGAGUUCGACUUGGAGUUUCGUUCGUCCGAUCGAUCAAGCAGUCGCGAGUUUACUCGUCACGGCGAUAUAAUUGGGCCGCAUAGCUCUGAAUACCGCCGAAGGUGGGUCAAGCUCAACCGGUUCAAAGUGCGCCAGUCGCGUGUCACCCGCGACGUCAAGAAGUCAUUGAUGCAGUCAUCGCAAUCGUCAAUUUGAUCGUCCAGGCCGAAUGUUCGCGAUAUAAACGUAGUGUCGUGUGUAAGCUGAUAUAGAGGAGGGAGCAAAGUCGCCGACGCACGAAUCGCUUUGAAAAUUGACGAGAACGGUUAUAUUACGGCUCGGGAGAGAUAAGAGCGGCUAUAACGAAGGAGCAGUAACCUUCGACAGUCGCGCGAUAAUAAGCUCGCCGGCAGCGCCUGGCGCUGUUUUUUCCGAAGGAUCUGCUCGACCCACGUAGCAACGCUACGUACAAAAGGAGGAGGCCAAGCGUCAUACUGCCGUGCAGACAUCAGUAACGGCUCAGUCGACGUAGAAGCUUCGAAUCUCGAUUUGCGCACGUUUCACAAAUUGCCGGUCGAUCAGAAAUUAUCGUCGAUCAAUCUCUGAAAGCCGACCGAGAAGUGUAUCCGUUCUCUCCCGAUAUUCCCGCCUGUGAUUUAUUCAACGGCGUAGUCGCGGAAGCGAUUUGAAGUUUGUUGACGUUGAUGAGCGACGGCGCACCGGCUCGGCGUAAAAGUAGAGGAAGUGCAUUUGAGCGCGCGAGUGGCAGUCAAACGUAAUCACGAGACCAAUAAGAAGAGACCAACGACGAGGGUAGCCGGAGAAGUAUCUCGAAGCUGGGCGUGCAUGUGAAGGUGAAGGUACACCGUCGGUGUUCCUGGCGAGAAAUCGUGGAGGGAGAAGGGUAUAGCCGAUGGUGGGAAUCGCGAAGGUGCGUCAUCCUUGGGAAAGGUAGAUCCAGUGCACCGUAGGUCACGGAUUUAAAUGGUGAAGUCGAGAUAUCGCGCUGACGCUGAAAAGAGCGACUCGCCUUAGAAGUGGGUCCGUUCGAGACGACGGUUCGAUUAAUAUCGAUUCGAAGGUCGCUUGCGAGGAAAUCGUGUUGCAGGAUCUCAGCGGAUUCUAUAAACAAACACACACAUACACAUACGUCCAGACAAAGUAUUCGUUCUUUGUUUGCAAGGAAAGAGGAGUGCUGAAGUUGAUGGUCAGUGUCACAUGAAGGAUCCGCCAAGCUGUUGAAGCGUUAAAGUGAUCGACCUUCGUGCGAAGAAGGAACUAGCUGCUCCAUUUUGCACGAACGACCCAUCGAAGACGAGUACGAAUUGAUUUCAACAAGAUAUUAUCAAAGAACUAGCGGAUGACCUCUGUGGUAAUAUAGGAUCAACUUCAGUUAUAUGGAUGAAUGGACAUUCAUUGUGACAGAGCGCUCUCCUUUUCUUAGUUAAAAACGGACAAACUUGGUGUUCCGUUUAAUUCAACACUAGCAACACAAGUCGGUGCUGCGAUCACUUUCUUCGUCCAUUAUCCAUUCCGAAACAGAAAUCGGACAACGUUACUCGUCAUCCUCGUGUGAUCAUCCUUCGGCUUCCAGUGGCAGUCGGAGAAGUUCUCGAAUCUCGUACGUCGCUAAAUCCGCUCUAGAGGCGUAUCAAAAGGAGAAGCAGCUGCGAGGUCGAAGCCGCCUGAGCAGGAGAGACCCAAGACGAGCUGUAUUCGUGACUGCGAGAGAGCAAGAGAAGCGAAGGAGAGUGGAAAAGGGAAGUCCAAGAGGAAGAGACAGAUCGAUAAAGAGGUAAUACGAGCAAGGGAGACGGAGAGAAGUGGAUUUGCACGGGGUUCAACGUGGAACCGAUUUAGCCUGCUUAGCCUAGGUUAAAGGGAGAACAUUUGGUCGAGCAGCGAGGGGAAGGUCUGAAGAUAGACAGAGAAGCAGCGACAACCGGACAGGGAGGGGAGAAAGAGACAAGAGCGAAGAGGAUAGAGCACGGAAGAGCGACGGAGAAGCCGAGGAGAGGCAGUCGGGGUUUAGGUCGAUAGAAGGGGGAAGGAGGCCACGACCCUUCCUGAAACUGGUCCUCGAGAUGGGUAAAAGCAGCUUGACAAACUCGCACGUGGCCGACGACGUGUUCGACGAGGAGGCUAUCAUGAAGAAGACACGAUGGCGAAACCUCGUCGCUUUUUGGAUACUGGGCCUGUGCAACAAUUACGGCUACGUCGUCAUGCUGAGCGCGGCCCACGACAUCCUCAACAGCAAGUUCGGCAACAAGAAUUCCACCACGGGAGACGACGACGAGGAAAUACACGUGCCGGGAGUCCGCACGUGCAACGCGGUCUCUACCGGUGCUAUACUUUUGGCAGAUAUCCUGCCGGCGUUGGCGAUCAAGGUUACUGCACCGUUCCUGCCGUUUCUAGUGCAUGCUCGACUGGCUACCUGUGUGUUAUUUUCCGCUGCAGGAUUUCUCCUGGUGUCGUUGAGUACGACCGAAUGGCUCGCCAUUCUGGGCGUCGUCAUAACAUCGCUCUCCUCCGGCUUGGGUGAAGUUACUCUCCUCAGUUACAGUAACCAGUACCCCAAGCAGGUGAUCUCGACAUGGUCGUCGGGCACGGGAGGCGCCGGAGUAAUCGGCGCUGGGUCCUACGCCGGGCUCACUAUGGUGCUGUCCAUCGAGAAUACGUUGUUGGUCAUGCUGGUCGUGCCACUGGUACAAGCGAUUACGUUCUGGAUCAUCCUGAAGCAUCCGGCGCACAGCAGAAUCCCAAUCACCAAGAACGGCAUCGACAGCCAGGAGCAGAUCAUCAAGGUGCCUCAGAAGACCUUCAGGGACAAGCUCGCUCUGGUGCCCGGCUUGUUGAAGUAUAUGAUACCGCUCGCGCUGGUUUACCUCUUCGAGUACUUCAUCAAUCAGGGCCUGUACGAGCUCGUCGAAUUCAAUGACAUCUGGUUAACACAUAAGCAGCAAUACAGAUGGCUUCAAGUGGAUUACCAGAUAGGCGUGUUCAUCUCGAGGUCGUCGGUGAACUUGAUUUCCAUCAACAAGAUUUGGAUCAUGUCCGUGUUGCAGUUCGUUAACGUUAUAAUCCUUCUGUUCGAGACCCUUUACUACUACAUACCGAACAUAUGGAUCGUUUUCGCUGUUGUAUUGUGGGAAGGUUUGCUAGGCGGCGGAGCGUACGUCAACACUUUCUACCGGAUGUCUACUGAGAUUCCAAAGGCGGAUCGCGAAGCCUCGCUGGGAAUCGCGACGAUGGCUGACUCGAUCGGCAUUACGUUGGCCGGAUGGCUGUCUAUGCCGGUCCACAACGCUAUUUGCAAGCUACCACAGCCGACGCGAUUAGGCAGCUAGAGAUAACGCGGAGGCUCGCCAGCUAUCGAGUGAUAACAAGGUUUCCGCAAGCGAGCGGAAACUUCCGCUUUCAAAAGUUCCUCGGCGCGACAAGUCGGCGUUUAGAGGCGAAGAUAAAGCGACUCGUACCUCCUAAGCAUUUAGAAAUUACAGCGUAGAUUAAACGUACGUGAUGCCUGAUCGCGAUCGCGCGAUCGUUCUUUCGAGAUGAGAGCAUCCAUCAGAGACAGCUGGAAGUCAUCGAAAACACGAGGAAAAAUGGAAACGUUCGAGAAUAAUAUUCCGGAUACAAACACGACCGUAGAUUUUUAUCGUCGCGUACAACGAUAUUUUAUAAAAGCUUGUCUCUUGUAUAUAUCAUCUUUCCAAAGGAACUUUAUAAAAGGAACUUUAUAAAAAACACGAUCUAAAGAGAGAGAGAGAGAGAGAGAGAGAGAGAGAGAGAGAGAGAGAGAGAGAGAGAGAGAGAGAGAGAAAUACUGAGGAUUCAUUUGACUUUGCGUCGUUUUGAUUACAAACGUCCGAGCUUUAUUUGAUACAAACGUUUAGAAGACCAGGAACAGGGCAUUUUGCGGUACGUCGCACAGUCACUUAUAAUAUAUUAUGUCGACACAACACGCGGCAUG